UCCUUUUUCACUCGUCGUUCCGUCUUUUUCCUUCUUCUUUAAUCCCUUUCCUCCUUUUCUACUUGCAUAUUUGUUUUGUCUGACGCCGCAGAAAUGGACGUGGACAUGAAAAAUAAGGACGAGAUUGAUGACAAGCGCGACCGGGACAGAGACCGCGAGUUCGACCGCGACACAAAGGACCGUGAAAGAGACAGGGAGCGCGACCGUGACCGGGAAAGGGAUCGUGAAAGGAGGGACCGGGACAGAGACCGCGAUCGUGACAGGAGGGAUACAGGUCGCGGCGGUAGGAGCCGGACUGACCACUGGGAACCAGAUGACAGACGUAAUGGAGACCGCCGAAAGCGUUCACGCAGUAGAACACGUUCCCGGUCGCCGAGACGUCGUUCUACUUCACCUCGUGACCGCAGGCAUACACGCCGUUCGCGCUCUCGCAGUCGCACUCGGACGCCCUCGCGCUCCCGCAGCCGUGACCAAGCCGUCGAAUUUGCCAAGAUCAGCAAGAGAGAAAACCGAGUCUACGUCGGCAACCUCAGUUACGACGUCAAGUACCGUGACCUAAUGGAAUUCAUGAGGGGAGCUGGUGAGGUUCUAUUCGCCGAAGUACUCGUCACGCCGACGGGAGUAUCCAAAGGCUGCGGCAUCGUCGAGUUUGCUUCGCCUGAGGAUGCGCAACGUGCCAUCCGCGAGCUGUCCGAAGUAGCUAUGCUCGGUCGCCCUGUAUUUAUUCGCGAGGACCGGGAAAAUGAAUCGCGCUUCGGCGCUACGCCUGUGCCAGGCAAAAUUGGAAUGGCAAUGGCGGGGCAAGGCCUACAUGCGCAGCCACCUCCACGUCCACCCCAUCACAACUAUUUUGGAACUCACAACAACCCCGGCAAUCAGUUGUAUGUUGGAAAUUUGCCGUAUCAGGCUGGUUGGCAGGACCUCAAGGAUUUGUUCCGCUCAGCUGGUAAUAUCAUUCGCGCUGAUAUUAACAUUGGUGCGGAUGGGCGUCCCAAGGGCUCAGGAACUGUUGUUUUUGAGACUGCAUCGGAUGCUAAGCAAGCCAUUGGCAUGUACCAUGGCUUUGACUGGUAUGGCCGGACGCUUGAGGUUAGGGAGGACCGCUAUGCUGGUCUUUCUGGCCCAGGCUCAUUCCGUGGCAGCCCUUUCCGCGGUGGUGGUGGCGGCGGAGGCGGCUAUGGCGGUCGUGGUUUGCGCGGUGGCUUCAGAGGUAGCUUCCGUGGCGGUGGUGGCUACCGCGGCGGGUUCGCGCCCUCUGGUCCGGCUCGCGAUUUCUCGAAUCAGGACUUGUAUGCAGACUACUCCGGUCCUGAUCAGCCUGCUGCUCACGGGGGCUUGAGAAUGGACGGCUAUGGUGGUAGUGGCUAUGGAAGCAGCGGCGGCGGCUAUGGCGUGCAGGGUGGUGGCGGCGGCGGCGGCGGAUACGAUGCUGAGCCUAGCCAGCAGAUCAUGGUUCGCAAUCUCCCUUGGUCGACCGCGAACGAAGAUCUUGUCGAGUUGUUUGAGACUACUGGCCAAGUCGAACUGGCUGAAAUUCUUUUCGAUGGCGCUCGGUCCAAGGGUUGCGGUGUCGUCCAGUUUGCUCAGGUUCCAGAGGCGGAGACGGCUAUUGCAAAAUUCCAGCAGUACAUGUAUGGUGGACGCCCUCUUGACGUCCGGUUCAACGACCGAUGGCAUACAUUUACACCUACCGCAGCCAAGGGCGGUCAGGUGAUACCCAUGCAGGCGGAGUGAUCUGCUUGUAUCCCCCUGUCAUCUUUCUGUUUGUUCUGUCGACACUUAAUGCUCUGACUUUGUAUCGUUCUAGUCGAUAAAAAAUAUUCUGAAUCGUUGUCGAACUUUGUGUCUUUCGGGAUUGAUUUCGUCUUUUUUAACUAAUCAUAAAAUUGAAUGUGCGUAGGCUUGCAAUGAAUUGUCCCCUUGUUUAACAAGACGUGGGCGACCUCACAACCUUUACUGCCCCUUGCGCAUGAUGCGUCGCAAUGUACGGUUCGAAAUGGUAUGGCC